AUGAAUCCAUGUGCUCCAAGUUAUCCGAUGGCCUCGUUGUACGUCGGAGACCCAGAUAUUACCGAGGAAAUGCUAUACGAGAAAUUCAGUCCUGCUGGCCCAAUAGUCUCCGUACGGAUUUGCAGGGACGCGAUGACCCUCCGCUCACUUGGAUACGCAUACGUGAACUUUCAGCAGCAGGCAGAUGCUGAGCGUGCUUUGGACACUAUGAACUUUAACAUCAUCAAAGGCAGACCUGUGCGAAUUAUGUGGUCCCAGAGAGACCCCUCUCUUAGGAAGAGUGGAGUUGGCAACAUCUUCAUCAAGAACCUUGACAAGUCUAUUGACAGCAAAGCUCUUUACGACACAUUCUCUGCCUUUGGGAACAUCCUUUCCAGCAAGGUGGUGUGUGACGAGAAUGGCUCUAAGGGCUACGGCUUUGUGCACUUUGAGACCCGUGAGGCUGCGGAGAGAGCAAUUGAGAGACUUAAUGGCAUGUUGCUCAAUGACCGCAAAGUGUUCAUUGGCCACUUCAAGUCUCGCAAGGAGCGUGAGGCUGAGAUGGGGGCCAGGGCCAAAAAGUUCACCAAUGUGUACAUCAAGAACUUUGGAGAGGACAUGGACGACGACAAGCUGAAGGAGAUCUUCAGCAAGUUCGGCCAAACGCUGAGCGCUCGCGUCAUGACCGACGAGAGCGGCAAGUCCAAGGGCUUUGGCUUUGUGAAGCACGAGGAUGCCCAGAGGGCUGUGGAUGAGAUAAAUGGGAAGGAGCUGAAUGGGAAGAAGGUGUAUGUGGGUUAUGCCCAGAAGAAAGGCGAGAGGCAGACAGGGCUGAAACGAAAGUUUGAGCAGAUGAAGCAGGACGGUAUGACUCGCUACCAGGGAGACAACCUGUACGGAGACAACCUGUACGUUAAGAACCUAGACGACGGUCUGGACGACGCGCGUCUACGUAAGGAGUUCUCUCCGUUCGGGACCAUCACAAGUGCCAAGGUGAUGAUGGAGGGCGGCUGCUCCAAAGGGUUCGGCUUCGUGUGUUUCUCCUCGCCGGAGGAGGCCGCCACGGCCAUGACGGAGAUGAAUGGGUGCAUCGUAGGCACCAAGCCGCUGUACGUGGCCCUGGCGCAGCGCAAGGAGGAGCGGCAGGCCCACCUCACCCACCAGUACAUGCAGCGCACGGCCAGCGUGAGUGCCUUGCCCAACCUCGUGCUCAACCCCUACCAGCCUGCCCCGCCCUCCGGCUACAACAUGGAAGCCAUUCCACAAGAUCAGAACUGGGCUACCUGCUACCCGAGCAGGCAACUGGCACAGCUCCACCCCAGCACCCGCUGGGCUACGCACAGCAUUCAGCCACAGCAUUUCCAAUACAUGCCGAGUACCAUCAGGCCCGCUGCAGACCAAUCUCUGGGCCAGGAACCUCUCACUGCCUCCGUGCUGGAUCUGGAACCUCCGCAGGAGCAGAAGCAGAUGUUGGGUGAUCGAUGGUCUGUUUCCCGUGAUCCAGAACAUGCACCCCAACCUUGCAGGGACGGGUUUGCUCCUGGAGAUCGACAACUUGGAGCUUCUGCUUAUGCUGGAGUCUCCUGA